GGUCUCUGUUCGAGAGGAGAGAGUAGUCAUCCAAAAAUCGAUCUGAAGCGAGCAGUGGUCUGUGAACUCGAGCUGUGAGAGUGCUGAGACUGUUUGGUUGAUAUCUCGAGUUUUACCAAUCCAAUUAAGGCGUGUGAGAUACCAAAAGAAAUCUCUCAAGACGAGGAAUCCGUGAAGGUCUGGUUUGCAUCAAUCUGAGUAGAGGAAGGCUUCCAAAUCGUCCGAUCAAAACACAACCUCGCAGAAACGGAUUUACUCUUCUAAAGAAUCGAGUUAGCCGGAAAACACCCGUUCUAGGGGCUGUUUUCGUAUCAACGGUUAGGGGUUGAAAUAGCAACUUGAGGAAGCUGCUUAACACCCAUUUUCAAGCAAGGAAUCAGUUCUCAAGCUUCCUUGGCCGAGGCUUUAGUCAUUGGAUCGAGAAGGAAAGUUUUAAAGCUCAUUUGAGGUUGAGGCUAGAGCUUGCUUCCUGUGCUCGUUGCUCGAGAGAUCAUCUAGGAGCGAAGACUUGGUUCGUGCUUCCUCCAUUCGGAUUUUAAACAUUAAUAAACAUGCUCAUGGAUAUUUUACUAUGGAGCCUGCGUGCUCAUGAAUAGCCCGGUGUGGCCUUUUUGUUUUAAACAAUGUUUUCCGCUGCAUUAUGAAUUACUUAUUAUGUUUGUUUAUGGAUGGCUUACGUGUGAAUGAUAUUCGAGACGCCUUGUAUAAUAUGAAUGUGUUGGACUGCGGUUGACUAUUCGUAUUGUACGGCGGGUUGUUGACGUGUCCGGGGAGGUCCGGGGCGUGACAAUUAAGUUGGUAUCAGAGCCUUAGUCCAUAAACUUCAUAAUGAAGUCUCAAAAUUCUCUUUUUGAAAAGAUUUUGAAAACCAUGAGCAUAGAAGUUUUGUACUUGGAGAGCUUUUGGUACUUGGGUUGCAAGGUCUCUAAUUGUUAAGAUGGUACCCUUAGCAAUUGGUAUGGCGGUGACUCGAGCCAAAAUGUGUCUUAAGUACCUAUCCGUCAAUUGACAUUUGAUACGAGUCUAACGACUCUUUCCAAAUUCUUUCAGAAAUGGACCGUGGUGGCAGGAUUACUAGGAGAAACCCGACCGGCCGUGUACCAGUGGAGACUGGACAGGGCAGUCGAAGGACCUCUAGGGCAUCUAGAGGAGCUGGCCGUGGAGGCCGAUCACAGACCGUGAGUGACGGUCAUGUUGACACAGAAAGUGAAACCUACUGGUCCUAUGAGGACUCGACUUACCAACCGGAAACCGAGCCGGUUGAGACCCCUUACGAAGGGGAUGACGAUGAUGUAAGUGAUGAAGAGGGGGAGAAUGACUCCCUAGCAAGAAUUGAGGCGCUGCUCCAACAAUAUCAACGGGAGCGCGAGGAAAGGAGGGAACGCCGAAGGCGCCGGGGAGGGCGAAUUUCGGGUGAGGCUUCAAGAGGAAGAAGCCAUGGCGAUUCUCGGGCCCACGUUGAACCACAUGGGGGCCGGGGUGAUGGAGGUCCAAUCAUAAGGAUCUCCAAGUACAUCAAAGAGGCACGAGAUUUGGGGUGCAAACCCUUCAACGGAGCAGGCGACAUCUCGGUCGCCGCGGAAUGGAUCAAGAGGUUGAACGAGGCAGCCCUUGAUAUGCAACUCACCCCCGAAUUUAAACUAAGGGUGGCGGUGAGAUUGCUUGAAGGGAUGGCAUCCACAUGGUGGGAUGGAGCCAAGGGAAAGUAUGGCAAUACCGUGACUUGGGAGAAUUUCCGACAGGAGUUCUUUGCCCAAUAUUAUUCUGAUUUUGAGGUGAACGCUAAAAGGAGAGAGUAUACCCUCCUGACCCAAGGUGGCAAGAUGACGGUGAGGCAACUUGAACAUAAAUUCAGGGAACUCGCGGAGUUCAUACCGGAGUAUGUCUGUGACGAGAACCGGAUGGUAAAUCACUUCUGGGAUGCCUUAGACUUGGAGGUGCGUGAGAGGGCAACACAGUUGCCUAACAUGACCUUUAGCCAAGUGGUUGAGCAGGGAUUGAAAGGGGAGAAGGAAUGGGAAGAAAGAAAGUUGAAGAACGCCGAAGAGGCGAAGAAGAGGAAGUGGGAGAACCAUGGACCUCAGGGUCCUAAUAAAAAGGGGAACCAUGGGGGGGGGGGGGGAGGAUCCUUUCGGACACCCCCACUGCCAUCUAGGGGAAGUCAAGGCCCGGGCGGGCAAUCACAAGCCUCGGGGGUGACUCGUUGCAAGAAUUGCAAGAGGAACC